UUGCGCAAGAUACUGACUGUUGUUUUGAGAUGGAGGCCGAUGCAGAUGGUGAGAGAGCGCGAGCGGAAGGCGACGCUGGACAGUCCGCCAGAUGUAGAGGAUCUACCAGCACCGUCAUCUUUGAGUCAAUGUCACCCGCAGAAAUCGAGCGCCGUAGAGAUGGAGAAGAGCCCGGGAAGAUGGCGAUGGCGAUGGCCCGUGGUCGGUUACCGAGGAGCAUGUCGGUCGGUCAUGAGUGGGUGCGAGCGCGCGCGGGGACGGAGAGGGGCGGAACAGAGGGGGAAUUUGCGACGGGAUCUGUGGCUGGAAGUAUGGCAAUGGCGACGGAAUCUGUGGCUGGAAGUAUGGCAAUGGCGACGGGAUCUGUGGCUAGAAGUAUGGCGAUGGCGACGGGAGAGCUAAUUGGUCCACUUGCGCGGACGCACUCCGACAUGGGAGGUGCGUCUCUGAAUUUGGAGAGACCGUCUUCCGCGUGCGCGCAGCCGUCAACCGCUGCUCUAUCGAGUGCGACAUCGCUGCGGCGCGCUCACUUGGGCGCAAUGGCGGUGGACGGGUGUUCAUCAGCAUCAGCUUCGGGUGUAUCUGCCAGGCGCAGCACUCUCUCCGGCGUCUUGCCCUCGCCAUUGCAGUUGCCAGGACACGGCUCAACUGGUACAACUAUUAGUUCACCGUCGCAGUCAUCGCCAUUGCUGACGAGCGGACGAAGACGAUGGACUCCUCAAGGGGCGGAAAUCGCGUCGAAUACUUCUCCGUCUCCUCGUCUAGUGACGGCGGGAUCCCCAUCCCCAUUGCCCUCUCCAUCCCUGAUGACGGGAUUGACUGGUGCAACGCUCCGUAGAACAGCUUCAAGCAUCUCAUCAGCAUCGGCUAUGCCAUCGCCUGGGCGGCAAUUUGCAGGGCAUUCCGGAGGGACGGCCGCGGUACUCGGAAACCCGAUCAAUCAGGUUGUCGUAGGCGGCGGGUUUGGUGGUGGUGGGGGAGGAGGAGGAGGAGGAGGAGGAGGUAAAGGAUGGAUCAGCCCACAGGGUAUCGGGAUCGUCAUAGGCACGGAUAGGAACGCAGGGGGGAUACUAUCGUCGCCGCAGGAGUUGGCUGCAGAGAAUGUUGCCCCGGACGUCUCUUGUGGUCUGGAGUACUCCAGGGUGGUCCCCGCGUCCCCCUCUUAUGGCGGAGCUGGCGGAGCCGUAAGCCAGUCCCGGAAAGGACUAUCGAGGACAAAGCGGCCGGCGGCCUUGACGUACUUAUUCCCGCUGGGAACCCUUCUCCUCGUUUUCGUUAAUUACACGGUGAUGAACGCACGGCUUCCUAAUCCUCUGCAGUCAUCUCUCCUAGCCUCGAUGUCCACGCGUCUGCUCUCGGAAGAGGAGGAUCUUCGUGAAAAAGAGGACAAAAAGAAAACGCUUUCCACAGUAGCGCCAAUGCAUCAGCGUCUUCUGGGUCUGGCGGCGCAUGCUCUCGCAGAGGGUGAGUCGCAUCCUGAGAUUGAUGGCCUAUGGACAGAAUGGGUUAACCACACGGAAAUGUGGAUUCCAUGUGCAGAUAAGCCAAUGACUCAGAAGCGCAAGGGGCAACGGGAUUACAGCAGUAAUGGUCAUAUUCUUGUGAAAGCUGGUGGGAGCUUUAGCCAGCAGCGAGUUGCUGUGUGCAAUGCAGUGGCAGUGGCACGCUUAUUGAAUGCGACUCUUGUACUUCCUGAGCUAAUCUACGAAGGAGGCUGGCAAGAUGACAGGCAGUUGAGGGACAUGUUUGACGUUGAAACUUUCAUCCAUAACCUGGAAAACGAUGUAUCGAUUGUGGACAACCUACCACCAUGGCUGCAGUCGCUUGACAUCGAAGCUAUCGGAUCACUUUUCUCAGAUAACAGAAUUCGAGAAAGAGAGCAGGCGAAAUUCUAUCUUUACGAUGUGCUUCCAGUAUUACGAAGGAAUAGAGUUGUGCUCCUAUCCCCGUUCAUUGAUCGGCUUUCAUAUGACAACAUUCCUGAGGAUAUUCAGCGCCUCAGAUGCAAAUGCAAUUUCCAUGCCCUCAAGUUUGCUUCACCACUCCAGCAGAUGGGCAAUCUCCUCAUAGAACGGUUAAAGCAAAGGUAUUGGCUGUCUCUCGUCAUCACCGAGAAGAGUGUGUUGCACCAUUGGUCACGGUCGCACAAUGAUGGGUCAAUGCCGGCCACCAGUGGAACAAAAAACUGUAGCGAACAUCCAUGCCGUCAGGGAAGUUUGGUACACCCAGGGCAGUCGAGCACCGGAAGGGUGAAGAACGGCGCUGUGUCAUUCCAGGAACAGGAAACACAGUUGUUGUCAGUUGGGAUGGCGAGGAAUGUGUCUGCCGGAAACAGUAGAUAUGACAUCAAUGAACGAAGUGGAGGUGCUCGUAAGGAAGAUGUGUAUGACAUCAAUGGACAAAGUGGAGGUGCUCAUAAGGAAGAUGCAAAAGAGAGGAAAGGACUUGAAGAUAUCGGAUCAGAUGAGCACGUGUUUAGGUUCGUGGCUCUACAUGUACGAUUUGAUAAAGAUGUUGCAGCUUAUUGGAUGUGUGAUUUUGGUGGUGGCCCAAGUGAGAUGAAGGAACUGCAACAGCAUCGAGAGCUACGCUUCCCUGACCGAGCAAAGGCUACAGAUGCUACCGCAAAAAUCUCAAAUGAGCAGAGUGUGGCUGAGGGACACAGGCAGAAAGGCAUGUGUCCUCUUACACCAGAGGAGAUGGCCAUUUUUUUGGUAAUUCUCGGAUACAAACGGUUUACGCCAAUUUAUGUGGCCGGCGGAGAAAUGUGGGGUCGGACAUCACGCGUCGCAGCAAUGCAAAGCCUCUUUCCGAAUCUAGUGACCAAGGAGGACCUCUUAUCUGUUGAAGAACUUAUGACAUUUGCCAACCAUCCCUCGAUGCUUGUGGCCAUUGAUCAUAUUGUUUGCGUUGCCGCCAAUUCAUUUGUCAUGAGCGACUCGAGGAGCCAGCCGGCAGCAUUAAUAUCUGGGCAGCGCAUGUACCGAGGAACAGGUGCAGCGGAGGAAACACGGCUCCAGCGACAGGUGUCAUCUCUCCGGCCCAACUGGAGAAACUUUGGAUCGUUGCUGUUCGAGAACGAGGCAAUAGAAUGGUCCUCACUGGAGCGCUGUGUGCGGCGGUCAAUUAAGAGCACUCCGCCACCACUUAUCCGACCUGGACACCUGAGUGUGUACCGCCAUCCGCGGACGCCGGGGUGCAUGUGCUACAAAGGAAAUGCAGACAAUGACAGUGCUGGGAACCAGGUUGCGCAGCAGGCUCGACACCGCCAGGUCGAUAACAACAGAGAUGAUGAGUAUGAACCUGAUGUGCUCCCUAAUAAGGGGGAGGAGUCGUCUCCCCUUUCACCUGACAGAAAUACUGAUGCAGGGGAUGGUGAGGAGGCGUAUGACAGUGAGGAGGAGGAGGGUGAGAUCAACGACAAUGAAAAUGGUGGCGAGAACGAGGAGAGAUGACGACAUGGUUUUUGACUACCUGAUUAUGGCACAGCCGAAGGCAGUUCAUUUAUAGCCCUGAGUGGGUAAUGGUCUGAACACCCAGUAUUGCUGUAUUGUGCUUUCCCGCACAUGCAUGUAGACGUACCCAGACAGAGACAUACGAGGAGGGGGGGGAGGGGGUAUGUUUGUGUGUGCACUCAUAUGCUUGCACAGACUUACAUCUUUGUAUGGCCAUUUGGGGUUUCUUUCGGCUGGCCAGAGUCGUGACCAACGCCCAGAGAAUAUGUCGAGGGGGGCAUAGCACUUCGUGUGUCCACUUACGCACUGCGCACCGUAACCAAUCAGUACCCUUGCCAACGAGGAAUUUCAUGCAACAGAACGGGGUUCAAAGGGGCGCCAUAAACCACGCGCCUGGACCUGACAGAUAAAAAUCGAUCUGGAAAAGGUCAUUGCAUAUUCUUCAGUAACUCCAAUGGAUUUUGUCCCUUUUGGCAUGUUUAGUUGGGUGAUGAGUGAGUUUAGGUGAGAGAAAAGUAUCGCAACUGUUUUCUACCAUCUGUUUUCUGACUUUCACUGCAAGUUUGGUGGCUUCUCAAUUUUGUCAAUCUAUUGAACAGCAGUGUUCGGCUCUUCACAGGGCGCACAAGAGGGGGGGGAAUUAGCUGAUGCCACACUGCGCACAAGGGCAGUGCCUCAGGCAACAGCACGAGUAGCUGAAAUGACGACCCCGAGUCAGCCCCUACAGGUAACAAUUCCCUAAAAUGGCUCAAGGCUUACAUCGAACAAAUCCAAAAGGGAAAG